AUUCGCUAAAAAAUAAUAAUAAUAACAAGCGCACCUUCCGCUUGUUUUCUUCCUUCCCUCGACUCUCAUCUAAGGUUUCCCAAUCCCAGCCGACACCAUGCCACCCCGUCCUCCAGGCAGCCUCGGCCGCGGCCGCGGCCGCGGGCUCGGAUUCCCCGCCGCCAAACCCGUGCCAACCAGUCUCGGCGCCCGCGGUCGCCUCCUUCCGCGCCACCGCGUACUGCACUUUGAUGUUCCCAUCAUCAACGGGCGAGAGAUUAUUUCAGUCGGUUCGAAUGGGCUACUCACCGCAGCUCGUUCUAUCUCGGACGACGAGCCAGUGAUCUUUGUGGACAUAGAUAUAGAUGGGAGCUUCUUGACAGACCAUGAUAUUCCUGGCGAGCCAUUUGAAACCAUGGACCAACUCAUCCACGCGGCCAGUGUCCACUUGCUGGUCGCCUCCUGCUGUGAUUUGUCUCGAUACGAGGGAGGCACUGCAUCUUCACAGAUGCCUGUUUCGGAACUCCAGCAUCUCCACUAUGAAGAAUCCCGUGAUCAGCCGUGUGAGGGGGAGGAUCAUGUGCCUGUAUGCUCAGAAACACCGCAUUGGAAGCGGAAGAAAGUAGAUUUCUGGCAUGGACAUGACCUCUCAUCCUCAAAGGAAUUGCUCAACACUAUAACAUUCCAGGAAUCGUCUACUUCGACUUCCUCGUCCUCUCUGCAGAUACAGGCUCAGCCUUGGCGCUGUCUUUCAUCAUCACCUAUUUGGGCCUUGGCCCAAUUUGAUUGGGGAAUCAUAUUUUUCACCAGGGUUGACCUGAAGGGGUCUUUCCACACAAAUCCUCACGUGGGCGGGCCAUUUCAGAGCUUACAGGAUGCUUAUGAUGCUAUCGAUCGUUAUCUUCAGGAACAUAAGGAUCCAACAAUGUUCACUGGUGUUUCUCGACUGGAAAGGGUCAUAAGACUAUCUCUUAACUAUCCUGAUGGCACAAGGAAGAAACUUUUGAAAUCUCAACAAAUGGAUGAAAGGCGUGAUUGGGAGCGCCAGUUGGUUCAAACUUUGGUCGACCAGUAUAAUGAUCACCACCAUCUUUCAGGGGAUCUUGCAUAUGAACUCAAAGAUGUUACGUGCUUUGAAUCAGUUUCCGGGGGCAAUGGCCGUAGGUACUAUCAUAUUAACUUCACAAUGAAGACUAAAGGAGCUGAUGAUUGUAACUCUGGUGGUGAAGAUCUAUUCUUUGCUGAAGUCACAAUCAAGGGGGGAGAAUAUGUAGAACUGGUGGCCAGCUGUUUCUGCAUGGUUAAACCCACUGACAAUGGCCAGUGCUAUGGUUGUGAUGUGAAGCACCCCAACAAUUUGGCUGCAUAUACUGGUGCUAAAGCGAGCUCUCAAUGUGCAUGUUCUCUGUUUGGUAAUAUGGGAUUGCCUGUCCAUGACGAAAGUUUGGAAGAGGAGGAAAGAAGGGUAAGGCGUUUCUACGAGACCCAGGGUCUCGAUGAUCCGGAUUACGUGGAGAAAGAGAGAGCAAGGGCACAGGUGACGAUUAAACCAUUCAGCUCUGAUGAUUGUGUGCUUGAAUAUCGGGCUGUGCCAACUACCGGGAAGACUAAGGAGGGCGCUGGAGUGGAAGGCUGAGGAAUCUCUUUGGGCUUCAAUCACAUGGUACUGUACAGUAUGUUUUAGUGUUAUAAGCUUGUCAGGUUGUACGCUCAAGCAUGUCCUGUUCCUAAGACACUAAAAGGGAAGGGGCAUUUGGCUUGAAAUGUUAGUGGUUGCUCAUCAGAAUUGGAUGCACAGACAAUUUGAAUGGUUGUCUUUGAAAUGUGAAACCACUGGCUGCUUCUGUUUAGAGAUGAAUGGAUUCACAUAGUUUGGCCCUAAAA